UGAAGUUCUUCAAGUGAAACGCUUCAGUCGACGUUUUACUUUCUGACUGUGAAAAUGAUGAUUUCUCGCCGCGGCAACUUGUUGUUCUUUUGGUUUGUACUAAACAUUUCUUUUCUUCACAAUGUGAAGGCGAAUUGUGCCCCCAAUGGGGCGUAUUGCCAAACCCAUUAUGAGUGCUGUUCUAGAAAAUGCAUGACAUAUAGCUAUAUAUGCGCUCCAGUUGUAAGCCCAGUAGUUUUUCGAGCUCCCCAGCAACACAAUUAUGUUCCAGCCAACUGGUGGACCAUUAAUAACAACAGACUCUUCGAAGAACAGAUUGACAUUGCAACUCUACCAGAUGAUAAGUCUAAUACGGGUACUCAUGCAGUGGAGAAAGUAGACACUUCAGUGAUGACAAAUAACUUUCCGCAAGUUUUUGAAGUUGAGAGCAGAACCUGCAAACCUGUUGGAAAAGAGUGCUCAGACAGUAGCGAAUGUUGCUCAAUGCGUUGCCAUACCUAUCUCCAUAGGUGUGUCACCUAAAGUGAUGCCAAGCAAAUAUUACAUUUGAAUUACGUGUACAAUUUGUACUUAUACUGUAUGACUAAUAAAAACACUCUUAUAGACGUUUAA